UUGGGAGUGUUUCAUUUCAUUCGUUUCAUAUAUACAAAGGAUAGCAGAGGAUAUUUCAUUACAAAGAAGUAAAAGUCAAAGCAAGUGUCAGUAAAAAUUAAUUAAAAAGAAAAAAAUGUCAAGUGAAAAACUAACAUUAUAAUUAAAUAUAAUAGAUUUUCUUUAAACAUUUCUACAAGUUAAAAUAAUUAUAACAAAAUUGUGAAACCAUUUUAUAAAAUACAUAAGAAAAUAACUAAUAUGUUGUCCAACCCUUAAAAAUAAAAACUUAUAAACAUUGCAGCAAAAAUAUUCCUUUUUAAAGGGUGCUAUUAAAAACUCUAGGAUAUUAAAUAAUUUAUUGGUAGUGCAACAGAUGUCCUGCACUAUUUUUCUUAAGAACUUUUAUAAUAUACAAUCGUCUAGAUAAUGCUGCCUGUUUUGGAAUUCUUAAAAUUGUGCAACAAUAUUAUAGUUUUUUAUUUAUGUUGUAUUAUAAAUAUUGGUCCUAGAAAAUUAAUUGCAUUUUGACAAUUUUAAUAAUAUUCCUAAAUCAGAAACGUACAAAGUUUUAAGUAUAAGUAUAUGUAUGUAUAAGUGGAACUAUUUUGUAAGCGCUUUUUAAGAAAUGGUCCUUCUAUAUAUACAAACUCAUAAGUCUGCAGUUUAAUAGAGUUCAAAGUUCAAUAAGGAAAAGGGGAGAAAUAAAUAUGAUUAUUAAAAAAUAUUUAUCCGUAAAAACCUCAUCUAUUGUUCUAUUGGCUGGUAAUUUAUUAUGGUCCCUACAUUUGUAUUUAUCAAGCAACUGUAAUACAACAACUACAACUGGAUCACAUCAUUUUAUUAAAAAUAUUUCGGCAGCCCAUAUAGCCUCUCUGAAAGCGGGUCGUUUAUAUAGCAAUUCUAGUAACUAUCGCCUGAAUAAAGACCCUCCAACAAAUGGUGUCAAAAAAUCAGAGUCAUCGGGAUUGGCCUUUGAAAAUGUAGCACUCAAUUUGGGUCGAUGGGACAAUCAGCGUGUAUAUAAACUAUUUGAUUUUGCACUAAUCGGUGAUACCUAUGAAGAGUCGUCACUAAGCGGUCUAGUAUGUUUAGCCACCCAGACCUCGGUCGAGCGUUUACUGUCUGUGGCAGAGGUCGCCAAAAAGUGGUUGGGACCGAUAUCUGUUGCAGUUUUUGUUUCAGGCAGCGAAGAAUUCACUAUACUGAAACACUAUGUUACCUAUCUAAGACUCUGCUUUGAUUUUGUACGCACAAAUGUAACUUUUCAUUUGGCCUUUCCUCAUGAUCGCAAGCCAAAACAUGAAACAGCCGACUCCUAUAAACUGCUACAAAUGUUCGAUUGUCGAAAUCCUCAAAAGACCCUGCACAGCAUGUUACAAAUGCGAUCGACAGAGACCAUACGUUGGCGAUCACGCAAUCUAUAUCCACAAAAUCAUUUGCGCAACUUUGCGCGCAAAGGCUGUCAAACAAAAUAUGUGUUUCUCACAGAUGUCGACAUAGUACCGAGCAAUAAUAUUGUGCCAUUGCUAAAUGAAUUUCUUGCUACGGCCAGAUGUGCGACGGGUCUAUGUGCUUACGUCAUACCCACAUUAGAAAUUGAUGAUCGCGUGCGAUUUCCAUCCAGUAAAACCGAACUACUGCGGCUGGUGAAGAGAGGUUUGGCAAGGCCUUUCCAUGAAAAAGUCUUCAUCUACAAUCAAUAUGCUACAAAUUUUUCAAGUUGGCUUGCCAACAGUCACACAGAUGACCAACUGAUCGCCAUUAGUCACCAAGUGACAAAUUAUGAGUUUUUUUAUGAACCUUUCUAUGUGGCUUUGGACAAUGUGCCCCCGCACGAUGAACGUUUCGUGGGCUAUGGUUUUACAAGAAAUUCACAGGUCUACGAGAUGUAUGUUUCUGGUUACUCAUUUUAUGUCUUGACUCCUGUAUUCACCUGUCAUUGGGGUUUACAAAAGAAAAAUGCUCGUCCAUCGUGGCGCGAACAGCAGAAUACCUUUAAUAGUAAACGCUUUGAGAUUUUCAAAAAAGAAAUCUUUGCUCGUUAUAAAAAGCCAUUACAUUCCUACGAUCAGAAAAAACAUGGAUGAUAUUGAUUAAUAAUACUAUUUCUUCAUACAUAUAUUAUUGUAAUCAUAUUGAUUUUACAUGUAACGUAUUUAGUUAUAGAUAAAAGUAAGUAUGUAUGAGUAUUGGUGGAUAUUUUCUAAAUAUCGAAAGGAAUAUUUAAUAACUUUUGAUACGAAAAAGUGCAUAAAACCAUAUCUUCUAUAAUGAAAAUCUAUCACUCUUAAGUACAUACUUAAUACAAUAACUAUUUUGUACAUAUAUAUACAUACAUAUUUAGCUACAUAUUGCUCAUUUGCAACAAAAGAAUCUUAACUCAAUAUAUUUAUAGUUUUUAAAUAAGUAUUAAAAUGUAAUAUUUUUUUUCUUCAAAUAAGUUACUAAAAAUAUUUUUAUGAACAA